AAAGCGCGCGCGUUAGAGGCAAGCACGUGUAUUUGUUGAUAAACAUAGCUGUAGCCGCGAUGGGUGCUGUCUGUGUCUGUGUUGUUAGUGUGACUUAAUUGCAUAACCCAUAUGGAAAGUACCUUUAUUCUUCUCUGGAAGACUCCCUGCCCAAUCAUAAAGCUAUUGUCGACAUAAUUUCCGGCUGAUCGAGAGAAAUUUUGUCCGACGGACGACGUUUAGAGAGGCACGUGACCGUUUUACAAUUGCCCUGAUUCGCUGAAUAUGUUUCAGUCAAGGGAUCGACUGGAAGCUCGUACACCACUUCAACAUGGAAUUGGGAGAUUACAACAUCUACAGAACUUGAUGAUAGAGUUUCAACAGACUGAGGACGAUGGUUGCCGAGAACAGGUGCUGGCUAAUUUGGCUAACUUUGCCUAUGAUCCAAUAAACUAUGAGUACCUGAGACAACUAAAUGCAGUUGAUUUGUUCCUAGAUACCUUAACUGAGCCAUCAGAACGGCUUGUUGAGUUUGGUAUCGGCGGACUUUGCAACCUUGUACUAGAUAAGGAGAAUAAGGCCCAUAUUCUAGCAAAUGAUGGUGUUUCUCUGGUAAAAGAUUGUUUAUCGAGUCCGAAUGAAGAGAUUGUUUUGUCAGCCAUCACGACCUUAAUGUACCUCAUGACACCAGCUUCUAAACAAGAAAUCACAGCGCCAUCAAUUAUUGAAUGUAUGCAGAGGUUUUCAGGGUCCAGCAGCAAGAGGUUGAGUAACCUAGCCAAUGUCUUUCUCCAGGACUACUGUACCCCAGAGCAACGCCUAAUGGCAGAGUCACCGUCAUUGACCACAGGUUCAGCAGUUGGGAUACCGCUACCACCCGAACCCAAGCAGGAGACAAGAUGAAGAGAUGUCACUGUUGCAACCACAGGUUGAGUUGUAGGGAUACCGCUACCACCCGAACCCAAGCAGGAGACAAGAUGAAGAGAUGUCACUGUCAUCGACCACAGGUUUAGUUGUAGGGAUACCGCUAUCACCUGAACCCAAGCAAGAGACAAGAUGGAGAGAUGUCACUGUUAUCCACCACAGGUCAAGUUGUAGGGAUACCACUACCGCCUGAACCAAAGUAGGAGACAAGAUGUUGAGAUGUCACUAACAUCGACCACAUGUUCAGUUGUUGGGUACCACUACCACCUGAACACAAGCAAAAGCUAUAAAGAUGUCACUCAUCUUGGUGACACAUCGUCUCAAAAACUGUUAUAUCUCCAGCUUCAGAUGAAGAUAUUAAAGACAAUCAAGUGUCCGCUUUCAAUAUGUUGUCUGUGUGGUGUCUAGCGUCAGUUUUCAAAUCAAAGUUAAUUUUGGCGACAAGUAAUGGGCUAGAUGGGAUUGCUUUAAAGAGCCCUGCCAUUGACAAAUCAUGGGGAAAUUGAAUCAAUACAACAUUUGCAAAUGGCCAAUUGACUUGCAUAUUAAUCUGUCCGUCAUGAGCGCCCAUCGGACUAAUGCGAAUUGAAGCACGAAUUUGACCGGACUCGUGAUGGUUAUUUACUUCAGAUCAUUGCAGUUCUAGUUUCCAACAAUCCCAAUUCCUAGAAUCAUAGCAGGUCUCUUGAUUGCUAAACCAAAAUAAAUAACCUCUGUGAAUUUACGUGAUUCAAAGUGAAAACAUGCAGUUUACUUCUGGUUAGUCGGUCUACUAACUAUUGCUCGCCUAUAGACCUCCCAGACAUGCCGGCAUCUAUUACAUAAAACCUCCAGGCAUGCAGCCGAGUGAACAACUUGAAUCCCUUAGAUUAGCCUUGAUCUCCCCAUGAUUUGUCAAUGAAAGGUCGCUCUACGAUCUUGGGAAAACACCUCGACUCUUCUAUUACAUCCCCUUCAGAUCCAUUCUCUAUCACCAUCACCAAGUUCAGCACUUUGCUACCAGCUGAAUACAUUACAGAAUUGAAGUAGGGUAUCUUUAAAAGUUAAGUCAUUUACUCAAGUUUAUAUUCACUUCGUCCACAAGCAUUGUUUAUUGCUGAUUGGUCUAUACUACUUUUAGUCUAAUACACACUCGGUCCAAUACCUCGUUGGUCUAAUUUACACUUUGUCUAUUUAUUAUUUUGUACUUUGUCAAUGAAAAUUUGAUCAUGAGCAGUACAUCAAACAGUGAUUUUAGACCAAGUGAGUAUUAGACAAAAUGGAUGUAGUCCUACAUGUAACUGGAAAUUAGACAAAAUAGUUAAUGCCAUGGGUUAGAUGACUAGAUCAAAUGGUUAGUAAUCAAACUGGUUGAAGACAUAGUCAUGUAGAUUAGAACAUGCUGGAUGAGAACAACGGGAGAGAAAACGGAGCAGGUAUACAUUUAUUUUAGGUACUGUGAUGAACUUGAUGACAUUACAUUUCCAUAAAUAUGAUUCCCUCGGCCCCCAAGUCUUAUCAACAUUCUCCUCAUAUUGAUUCUGUAAUGUAUUGAUACCCAUUCAUGGGUUUUUGUUUUAUGAAAUAAAAUAAUUUCAUUAAAUACAA